AUGGUGGAAGUUCCGAUCAAGCCUGAGCAAGGCAAGCAGAAGAUGGUGACCAAGCUAAUGCCGGUCCUCCUGCCCCACAAGCUUGUGCCGUGGCUUAUUCGAAAGAAUUGUUGGCCUGACAUCAAGGAUAAAGAUGUUAAAGAUUUCUGGCAACACCAGAAGCUUUACUCUGCAGAUGCUACAUGCCCCACUAGCGAUCUCCACCAUCCUUACUGGUUGUGGGGUGACGAUGUCCGCUACGGGAAGCGGUUCAACCAGAAAGUGAUGACAGUCAUGAUGGGGCAUAUCCUGGAGCUCAGCCUUGGAAUGGCUACGAUCGCUGCCUACAUGCGGCCGGUUGUAGCCAGCUUCAACUUGCUGGUAGAUGGUGUACGACUGAGCCGAAGCAGCGAAGCAGUCAUCUACGGAUUAGUCGCUGAAAUACGGGGUGACUGGAAGUGGCAGAAGGAAUG